AUGGCCAGCGAAAAGUCACAAAACCCAUUUGAAAUCUUGGGCAGUCAUUCCAACAUUGUCGCUGGGCCAUCAAAUAUCAGCCCAGCCAACGUCGAACCCCCACCGUACACUACUACAGCAACUGAAUCAGGCCCCGAAACAACUCCGAGAACGCCACCCCAGCCAAACACUCAAACCAAACCAAUAGCAAUUCCCGCAAUAGAGCCAUCAUUCGACUCCCCCUUCCUCCGCGCCUACGCCCCCAUACUGACAGAUUACAAACUCCCCCACGAAUCCUUCCUCAGCUUCCUCGACCACCUCAAUAAACUUAUAACCAGCAACCCACCCCUCCAAGUUCUCGAUGCAGCAGGUGGCAUCCUGCAAUCAGUCCCACUCCUAUUCCCCCUCCACUGGCUCGGCUCCGCAGUAAGCGGUCUCGCGAAUCUAGGAAGGCAUGGCGUCUCGAAAUCCAGGACAGACUCGUACAUUCAUCAAGCGAAUCAGGAGAUCUUCGGACCGAGGGGGUUGAAAGUUGAAAUUGUGAAACUUGAUGCGUUGGCGUAUAUUGCCAACAUACCGAUUCUGGAUUCGAAGGGAAAGGUUAAUCGGCAGAUGCCUGUUUUGCAGUGCCUUUUGGAUGAGACGGGUGCGAGGACUGCCCCUGCCGUUGAUGGACAUGGAUCUAAGCAGGGUGGAGUUGAUAUGCAGCAACAGCAGAUUAGGAUCUUGCAGCCGUGGAUUGCUGAGCUUGAGCUCCAUAUUUUGCCGUGGACGUCCAAGUCCAAAUUGACCCGAUUCAAUGCGGCAUUGAAAAAGAGAAACGACCCGGGUCAAAUGGAGUCUGGGAGUGGUCAAAGAAGCGAGAUGAAUGAUGAAGAAACUAAGCUCCAGAAAUGCUUCUGGCUUGUUAUACGACCCGAUGUAUAG